AUGUCGACCAUCUUGUUCAACGCCGCUUCCCGCUCAAUCUUCAGGCGUCUGGCUACGGCUCCUCGUAAGCUUCCAGUUCCACCAGGUGGUAUUCGUUUCCCCCGCGCAGGACGCCCAAUUACCACUACACCUACACCGGCUCACAACCACACGAGUCUUAUCCCCGGUCCAGCUUCCAUCAACGGUUUAGCUGCUAUCCCCUACUACUCGCAGUAUGGAUUUAGCCCCAUCAUUCGUGCCUUCAGGUCCUAUGGGAACGCGCAGAGGAAGAGGCCGUAUAUCACGCAGCUGCUGACUUCAGUCGCGAUAUACGCCUUGGGGGACUUGAAUGCUCAGCUACUGUUCGGUGGCGAUGAGAAGUACGAUCCUUUGAGGACCGGAAGGAUGGUAAUGAUUGGAUCGGUGUUUUCGAUUCCUAGUUACCUUUGGUUCACCAAACUUGGCCAAUCCUUCAACUUCCGUUCCAAGGUCCUCGCAAUCUCAACACGCGUACUCGUCAACCAAAUAUUCUUCACACCACUGUUCCUUUCUGCAUUUUUCACCCUGCAAAACACAUUCCAAGCCGGCCGCUUCGUGUCCCCCAAGGAAACGGUCGAAAGGCUCAGGAAGACGAUUCCAGCAGCUUACGGCAAUAGUUGCAAACUGUGGCCUGCCGUAACAGCAGUCAACUUCUGGAUCGUCCCGUUUGAAUACAGGGCUUUAUUCGGAGGUGUCGUUGCCGUCGGCUGGAACGGAUACCUCUCAUACCUCAACCAGGCAGCUCAGACAACUGUCAUUCCAGCAACUCAGCCGGUGGAAAUCCCUGUUGCUCCAAAAGCCCGGACGACCAUGCAGAAGCCUAUGGCUUCAUUUAAGCCUGUCAUGGCCUUGGUAUGACCAACGAGAGCUGGUCUUUUCUUUCUUCUUAUUUUAUUGUUGUUUGAAGGGAAUAGUGGAGGAUACCCACACUUGACUAAAUAUAUUUCCUUUGUCUGGGUCGGUUGGGCGGCUUUUGUGUUUAGAGGUGUUUUUUUUAGCCAUUUAUUUUCAACAUUUUUUUCUAAUUUUCUUCUUUCCUUUCGUCCUCGGGGGCUUUUCACUGCGUUUUUUUCUUGGGAUUAUCUGGCUUUGGAUAAUCCUUAUUGGUGCAUGGUUGGUUGGUAGAGGUGGCAUCUUACAUACAGGCGGGAUACAUACAUACAGGAAAGCAUCGUACGGGUAUCGUACAGGUAGAAGGAAAGAGAUAAAGCUACAAGCUA